AUGCCUCACAUCCCGUUGACACUUCGAGAGGCACGCGGAAUUCACUGCUUCAAAAGGCUCAAGACGUAUGCCAACUUUCCAGAAGCACCUCAAGGGGAGGCUUCUCUCAGCAAUAGGCUCAAGACGUAUGCCAACUUUCCAGAAGCACCUCAAGGGGAGGCUUCUCUCAGCAAUAGGCUCAAGACGUAUGCCAACUUUCCAGAAGCACCUCAAGGGGAGGCUUCUCUCAGCAAUAGGCUCAAGACGUAUGCCAACUUUCCAGAAGCACCUCAAGGGGAGGCUUCUCUCAGCAAUAGGCUCAAGACGUAUGCCAACUUUCCAGAAGCACCUCAAGGGGAGGCUUCUCUCAGCAAUAGGCUCAAGACGUAUGCCAACUUUCCAGAAGCACCUCAAGGGGAGGCUUCUCUCAGCAAUAGGCUCAAGACGUAUGCCAACUUUCCAGAAGCACCUCAAGGGGAGGCUUCUCUCAUCAAUAGGCUCAAGACGUAUGCCAACUUUCCAGAAGCACCUCAAGGGGAGGCUUCUCUCAGCAAUAGGCUCAAGACGUAUGCCAACUUUCCAGAAGCACCUCAAGAGGAGGCUUCUCUCAGCAAUAGGCUCAAGACGUAUGCCAACUUUCCAGAAGCACCUCAAGAGGAGGCUUCUCUCAGCAAUAGGCUCAAGACGUAUGCCAACUUUCCAGAAGCACCUCAAGGGGAGGCUUCUCUCAGCAAUAGGCUCAAGACGUAUGCCAACUUUCCAGAAGCACCUCAAGGGGAGGCUUCUCUCAGCAAUAGGCUCAAGACGUAUGCCAACUUUCCAGAAGCACCUCAAGGGGAGGCUUCUCUCAGCAAUAGGCUCAAGACGUAUGCCAACUUUCCAGAAGCACCUCAAGGGGAGGCUUCUCUCAGCAAUAGGCUCAAGACGUAUGCCAACUUUCCAGAAGCACCUCAAGGGGAGGCUUCUCUCAGCAAUAGGCUCAAGACGUAUGCCAACUUUCCAGAAGCACCUCAAGGGGAGGCUUCUCUCAGCAAUAGGCUCAAGACGUAUGCCAACUUUCCAGAAGCACCUCAAGGGGAGGCUUCUCUCAGCAAUAGGCUCAAGACGUAUGCCAACUUUCCAGAAGCACCUCAAGGGGAGGCUUCUCUCAGCAAUAGGCUCAAGACGUAUGCCAACUUUCCAGAAGCACCUCAAGGGGAGGCUUCUCUCAGCAAUAGGCUCAAGACGUAUGCCAACUUUCCAGAAGCACCUCAAGGGGAGGCUUCUCUCAGCAAUAGGCUCAAGACGUAUGCCAACUUUCCAGAAGCACCUCAAGGGGAGGCUUCUCUCAGCAAUAGGCUCAAGACGUAUGCCAACUUUCCAGAAGCACCUCAAGGGGAGGCUUCUCUCAGCAAUAGGCUCAAGACGUAUGCCAACUUUCCAGAAGCACCUCAAGGGGAGGCUUCUCUCAGCAAUAGGCUCAAGACGUAUGCCAACUUUCCAGAAGCACCUCAAGGGGAGGCUUCUCUCAGCAAUAGGCUCAAGACGUAUGCCAACUUUCCAGAAGCACCUCAAGGGGAGGCUUCUCUCAGCAAUAGGCUCAAGACGUAUGCCAACUUUCCAGAAGCACCUCAAGGGGAGGCUUCUCUCAGCAAUAGACUCAAGACGUAUGCCAACUUUCCAGAAGCACCUCAAGUGGAGGCUUCUCUCAGCAAUAGGCUCAAGACGUAUGCCAACUUUCCAGAAGCAACUCAAGGGGAGGCUUCUCUCAGCAAUAGGCUCAAGACGUAUGCCAACUUUCCAGAAGCACCUCAAGGGGAGGCUUCUCUCAGCAAUAGGCUCAAGACGUAUGCCAACUUUCCAGAAGCACCUCAAGGGGAGGCUUCUCUCAGCAAUAGGCUCAAGACGUAUGCCAACUUUCCAGAAGCACCUCAAGGGGAGGCUUCUCUCAGCAAUAGGUUCAAGACGUAUGCCAACUUUCCAGAAGCACCUCAAGCAGAGGAUUCUCUCAGCAAUAGGCUCAAGACGUAUGCCAACUUUCCAGAAGCACCUCAAGAGGAGGCUUCUCUCAGCAAUAGGCUCAAGACGUAUGCCAACUUUCCAGAAGCACCUCAAGGGGAGGCUUCUCUCAGCAAAAGGCUCAAGACGUAUGCCAACUUUCCAGAAGCACCUCAAGAGGAGGCUUCUCUCAGCAAUAGGCUCAAGACGUAUGCCAACUUUCCAGAAGCACCUCAAGCAGAGGAUUCUCUCAGCAAUAGGUUCAAGACGUAUGCCAACUUUCCAGAAGCACCUCAAGCAGAGGAUUCUCUCAGCAAUAGGCUCAAGACGUAUGCCAACUUUCCAGAAGCACCUCAAGAGGAGGCUUCUCUCAGCAAUAGGCUCAAGACGUAUGCCAACUUUCCAGAAGCACCUCAAGAGGAGGCUUCUCUCAGCAAUAGGCUCAAGACGUAUGCCAACUUUCCAGAAGCACCUCAAGGGGAGGCUUCUCUCAGCAAAAGGCUCAAGACGUAUGCCAACUUUCCAGAAGCACCUCAAGAGGAGGCUUCUCUCAGCAAUAGGCUCAAGACGUAUGCCAACUUUCCAGAAGCACCUCAAGUGGAGACUUCUCUCAGCAAUAGGUUCAAGACGUAUGCCAACUUUCCAGAAGCACCUCAAGCAGAGGAUUCUCUCAGCAAUAGGCUCAAGACGUAUGCCAACUUUCCAGAAGCACCUCAAGAGGAGGCUUCUCUCAGCAAUAGGCUCAAGACGUAUGCCAACUUUCCAGAAGCACCUCAAGAGGAGGCUUCUCUCAGCAAUAGGCUCAAGACGUAUGCCAACUUUCCAGAAGCACCUCAAGGGGAGGCUUCUCUCAGCAAAAGGCUCAAGACGUAUGCCAACUUUCCAGAAGCACCUCAAGAGGAGGCUUCUCUCAGCAAUAGGCUCAAGACGUAUGCCAACUUUCCAGAAGCACCUCAAGUGGAGACUUCUCUCAGCAAUAGGUUCAAGACGUAUGCCAACUUUCCAGAAGCACCUCAAGCAGAGGAUUCUCUCAGCAAUAGGCUCAAGACGUAUGCCAACUUUCCAGAAGCACCUCAAGAGGAGGCUUCUCUCAGCAAUAGGCUCAAGACGUAUGCCAACUUUCCAGAAGCACCUCAAGAGGAGGCUUCUCUCAGCAAUAGGCUCAAGACGUAUGCCAACUUUCCAGAAGCACCUCAAGGGGAGGCUUCUCUCAGCAAAAGGCUCAAGACGUAUGCCAACUUUCCAGAAGCACCUCAAGAGGAGGCUUCUCUCAGCAAUAGGCUCAAGACGUAUGCCAACUUUCCAGAAGCACCUCAAGUGGAGACUUCUCUCAGCAAUAGGUUCAAGACGUAUGCCAACUUUCCAGAAGCACCUCAAGCAGAGGAUUCUCUCAGCAAUAGGCUCAAGACGUAUGCCAACUUUCCAGAAGCACCUCAAGAGGAGGCUUCUCUCAGCAAUAGGCUCAAGACGUAUGCCAACUUUCCAGAAGCACCUCAAGAGGAGGCUUCUCUCAGCAAUAGGCUCAAGACGUAUGCCAACUUUCCAGAAGCACCUCAAGGGGAGGCUUCUCUCAGCAAAAGGCUCAAGACGUAUGCCAACUUUCCAGAAGCACCUCAAGAGGAGGCUUCUCUCAGCAAUAGGCUCAAGACGUAUGCCAACUUUCCAGAAGCACCUCAAGUGGAGACUUCUCUCAGCAAUAGGUUCAAGACGUAUGCCAACUUUCCAGAAGCACCUCAAGCAGAGGAUUCUCUCAGCAAUAGGCUCAAGACGUAUGCCAACUUUCCAGAAGCACCUCAAGAGGAGGCUUCUCUCAGCAAUAGGCUCAAGACGUAUGCCAACUUUCCAGAAGCACCUCAAGAGGAGGCUUCUCUCAGCAAUAGGCUCAAGACGUAUGCCAACUUUCCAGAAGCACCUCAAGGGGAGGCUUCUCUCAGCAAAAGGCUCAAGACGUAUGCCAACUUUCCAGAAGCACCUCAAGAGGAGGCUUUUCUCAGCAAUAGGCUCAAGACGUAUGCCAACUUUCCAGAAGCACCUCAAGAGGAGGCUUCUCUCAGCAAUAGGCUCAAGACGUAUGCCAACUUUCCAGAAGCACCUCAAGGGGAGCCUUCUCUCAGCAAUAGGCUCAAGACGUAUGCCAACUUUCCAGAAGCACCUCAAGAGGAGGCUUCUCUCAGCAAUAGGCUCAAGACGUAUGCCAACUUUCCAGAAGAACCUCAAGAGGAGGCUUCUCUCAGCAAUAGGCUCAAGACGUAUGCCAACUUUCCAGAAGAACCUCAAGAGGAGGCUUCUCUCAGCAAUAGGUUCAAGACGUAUGCCAACUUUCCAGAAGCACCUCAAGAGGAGGCUUCUAUCAGCAAUAGGCUCAAGACGUAUGCCAACUUUCCAGAAGCACCUCAAGAUGAGGCUUCUCUGAGCAAUAGGCUCAAGACGUAUGCCAACUUUCCAGAAGCACCUCAAGAGGAGGCUUCUCUCAGCAAUAGGCUCAAGACGUAUGCCAACUUUCCAGAAGCACCUCAAGAGGAGGCUUCUCUCAGCAAUAGGCUCAAGACGGAUGCCAACUUUCCAAAAGCACCUCAAGGGGAGCCUUCUCUCAGCAAUAGGCUCAAGACGUAUGCCAACUUUCCAGAAGCACCUCAAGGGGAGCCUUCUCUCAGCAAUAGGCUCAAGACGUAUGCCAACUUUCCAGAAGCACCUCAAGAGGAGGCUUCUCUCAGCAAUAGGCUCAAGACGUAUGCCAACUUUCCAGAAGCACCUCAAGGGGAGCCUUCUCUCAGCAAUAGGCUCAAGACGUAUGCCAACUUUCCAGAAGCACCUCAAGAUGAGGCUUCUCUCAGCAAUAGGCUCAAGACGUAUGCCAACUUUCCAGAAGCACCUCAAGAGGAGGCUUCUCUCAGCAAUAGGCUCAAGACGGAUGCCAACUUUCCAAAAGCACCUCAAGGGGAGCCUUCUCUCAGCAAUAGGCUCAAGACGUAUGCCAACUUUCCAGAAGCACCUCAAGGGGAGCCUUCUCUCAGCAAUAGGCUCAAGACGUAUGCCAACUUUCCAGAAGCACCUCAAGAGGAGGCUUCUCUCAGCAAUAGGCUCAAGACGGAUGCCAACUUUCCAAAAGCACCUCAAGGGGAGCCUUCUCUCAGCAAUAGGCUCAAGACGUAUGCCAACUUUCCAGAAGCACCUCAAGAGGAGGCUUCUCUCAGCAAUAGGCUCAAGACGUAUGCCAACUUUCCAGAAGCACCUCAAGAGGAGGCUUCUCUCAGCAAUAGGCUCAAGACGGAUGCCUACUUUCCAAAAGCACCUCAAGGGGAGCCUUCUCUCAGCAAUAGGCUCAAGACGUAUGCCAACUUUCCAGAAGCACCUCAAGAGGAGGCUUCUCUCAGCAAUAGGCUCAAGACGUAUGCCAACUUUCCAGAAGCACCUCAAGAGGAGGCUUCUCUCAGCAAUAGGCAACUCCAGAGAUGCCCCGAGAACACUGUCCCAAGUCUUGAGGAAUACGAACUACAGCCCAGCAACUCGAGGAAUGCCCCGUGUACCACAAAUCGUCUUGAGAUGAGAGCUGAUUCCGUGGCUUAG